CUCAACAAGUACUUUCAAGUUGCUUCAUCUUUGGAGGCAGGAUGGUGCAUAUCCUUGGAAAAGUCCUGCCGGACUCACAUUUAGCGAGGCAUGCCUUGACCAAUUUCUAUGGUAUUGGUCGAUACACCGCACAUCGUCUAUGUGCUCGCAUGCAGAUCCAUGACCGCUGCCGGGUCCGCGAGCUCACACCUGCACAAAUUCUGAACCUGACAGCCUUCCUUUCCUCCCCUACAAGCGCGCCGUCCGCACCUAAACACCCACUUGCUUCACCCAGUUUCAUUGCACCAGGACCCGGCAAAGCACCCGCCGCCGCUCCUAAACCACGCAUCGUAGAGAAGGAUGCUGCUGCUCAGGCUCAAGCGAGCACCAAACGUGGUGACCCGCUGAAGACCUUGAAGAUUGAGACGGAGUUAAAGAAGGAGAUUCGAGAGAACAUCAUGCACCAGCGGAUGAUCGGAAGUUAUGUUGGAAGGCGGCAUGCUCUCAGUCUUCCUGUUAGAGGACAGAACACCCAGACUAAUGCUAAGACUGCGAGGAAGCUCAACAGGCUUGGUCGUUAUAAUUAGAUGGUAUGUGUACGCUUCUGCUCUUUUGACGUAUACAUGUUGUGACUUGAAAAACGCGUCCGGUCCAGGUUAUGAGGGAUAUAUAUGAUAUGUUAUAAUGUACAUGAAACUAAUCAUCUCCUACGGGAACUUCUUCCUCGAGAUACUUGACAAGGGUGACUUUGAUCUCUGUCGUUUCGUCCCCUCGCAACACAUCGGAGAUAAACGUAGCCGUGACCUGCAUUUGAAUCUGAAGAGUGA